CAAAGACAUAAACAAAACUCGAUAUAAAUUAAUCGUAUAUGAAGCAAAAUGGCAGUUCCAAGUUGAACAUUCUUCUACCAUGAACAAAUAUAUUGUAACUUUGGCUUUAGUGCUUAUUGCAUUAGCCUCAACCGCAGAAUCGUUUAUACCUUGCGCUGGUUGUAUUUAUGGAAAAAUGGGAGGACACGAAGACCGUUUAGGUGGAGGUGGUGGAGGUGGACUAGAUACAGAUAGACAUAGACCAAAUCAUGAAUUUGGAAAUGGACGAGUUCAUGGACAAGGCCACAGAUAUGACAAUGGUUAUGACAAUCAACAUUACCAUAAUUCCCAUGGGACAGGACACGAUCAACAACACCAAGGCGGUUAUCGCACCCACGGAUAUUGAAAACUUAUGAUCCUUAAUCGUCUUUAAUUGAAACCCUUAAUUAAUUUGGUUAAAAUUGAUUUACCAAAUGGGUUUAGUUAAAUGUUACAAUUAUCUUGUCGCUACAAUGCUAAUAAAAUAAA